AUCGUCCUACAACUACUAGUAAGUAGUAACGACAACAAGAAAAUGCAGUCCUUACGCUAGUAUUAGUAUAUAUGGUCGCACUCCUACUUAUUAACUUUUUACACUAAUUUGUGUCCUCCGCACCUUCUUACUAUAAUGUUUUAACAAAAAAAAAAUAAAAAAAUAAACUAAAUCAUAUCGAUGUCAAAGAAAAUUCGAAUGUUUAGUUUUAAUGAUGUUAGGCAAAAUAAUCAAAAAUUGAUAUGAUACAAAUUUUAUAAAAUAAUAGAUCGAACCUGACACCCCCUACCCUACACGUAUCUAGACAGUAUCUUUAAUUAUCUGUAUUUCUUCUCUCUAUUUUUUUCAAUAUAAUAGAUACUUCCUAGCAAUGAAAAAUCUAGGAGAAGCAAGAGUUGAGUAGAACAAAAGAAGAAACAGCCAAACCAAAGAGUGUCUUUUUGUAGGAAUUAGGGUUGAAAAAGGGAUGGAACACUCCAUUGACAUUAUCUCAACAGAUGAUCAAAUUCCACUGCCUCUUCAAACUGAAAUAGAUGAGAUAGAAGAAGGAAGGGAAGUGCAUCAAUUAAGUGACACAAAUGAUGAAGAUCCAUCAGGUUCGCAAACAAAGAAAUGUGUAAAUCAAAUCUUUGAUAAAAUGUUCGAGGAUUUGGACAAAUCAUCUUUUAAAUCGUGUACCAUAUUUAAAGUAAAUGUGCGACUACGUGAAUCAAAUCCAGAUGCUUAUACACCAAAAAUGGUCUCUAUUGGUCCUUACCAUAGGAAAAAUGCUCAACUUCGUCCAAUGGAAAAGUACAAACUGUUGUACCUACGACGGUUUCUGAAACGAAGUGAGGAGUUUGAUGUGAAAUAUUGGAUCAGUAUGUUGGAGUAUAUGAAGGAGGAAGCACUAAUGUGCUACGACGAUAUAGAAUACCUCGAUACUGACGAUAAUCAUGAAUUUUGUAAAAUGUUGUUACUUGAUGGUUGUUUUGUAGUUGAGUUUAUUCGAGAGUGUUUUAACAAAUAUGCAGAAGACGGAGAAGACAGAAUUAUCAAUUUUGUUGAUUACAAAUAUAAUCAAAUACUCCGAGACUUGUUGUUACUAGAAAACCAGCUUCCUUUCUUUAUCCUCGACCGGCUUCAUUCCUUGACAGCGAAAGAUGAUGAACCAUUGGAAAAAUUGGCGAUCACAUUGUUUAGCCAAGUUGUUAACUUGGGAUAUAUGUCAGAAUACGGCAUUUUAUGUCUGAUGAAUUUAAGUAUAUAUGGUUUUGAAAGACGUGAUAUGAAACAUUUACUUCAAGUAGUACACCUUGUUUCAUGUCCGAUAAAUUUUAAGAAAUCAUCAAACAACAAUGACACCAAGUGGAAUAAGGUCAUGCCAAAUGCAACAGAGCUUUCCGAGGCUGGAGUUAGAUUUACAAAGGUCAACUAUACAAGUUUAUUUUAUAGAGAGUUUGCGAAUGGAUUGAUGACAAUACCUUCUCUUGAUGUGGUAGAUGGUACCGAAACCCUCCUACGAAAUUUCAUUGCUUAUGAGCAACAAUCAAUUGAUUUACAAUAUUUAUAUUUCAGUGAUUAUGCAAUUUUUAUGGAUCAAUUGAUCGACACAGAUAAAGAUGUGAGUUUGCUUCGCCGUAAAGGAAUCAUAGCAAACUGGAUAGGAGAGGACAAAGAAGUGGCUAGCCUCUUCAACAAAAUGGGAAACGGGGUCACAGUUUAUUCCAACUUCUAUUACAAAGAAGUAUUCACAAAAGCAGUUAAACAUUGUGAUGAAAAACCAUGGAACAGAAUGAAGGCAAGUUUGAAGCACAAUUAUUUUAGUAGUCCUUGGGUAGGAGCUUCAACUAUGACAGUCAUCAUACUCCUCAUACUCACAACUAUACAGACUAUUCUAGCUAUCAUAAGUGCCUUUAAGUAAGUAGUAAUUCUUGUGUUUCCUCACAACUCCAUUCAUGUAAUUUUCUUAUGAGUUUUUCAUUAAUUCUAUUUUGUAUAGCUAAAUGUUAUAUUGUUUAUUUCAAGUAUCUAUCAAUC